AUGCCUGCCCCCAUUAACACUAUUACCACGACCUCCACCAUUGAGAUCGAGCCGGUCGAAAAUUCCUCUACCACGCCAGCACCCCUUGAUCCAGAGCAAGUUGAGCUUAUAGGCAUGCUUGUAGAGGCUCUCGCCACAUCGCGUGCCUCGUCUAUGGACCCACUUGCUCUUCACACUGCCAUUACCCAAACGCACCCCCAUCUCAAGACGAAGCACAGUAAAAAAGAAUGGCUUGACCUCAUUCCAGUCAUGCUUGAAGCGGGCCGCGAGCGAUGCGGGAUGUUCGAAAAAGUUCAGAGUAGUGGGACGGACGGGGAAAAGCAGGCAAGGUGGUUUUAUGUCUCUGAAAGGGACGAAGACCGUGAGCGUGCGGAGCUACUGGAGGAGCUUAUGCCAAAGCAGAAAAGGAACGAGACGAAGAAAUUCAAGAAGUAUUAUUAUGCACCACUGCAGAAGGUUUCAAGGUGGGACUCGGAGGAUGCGAUUUGA